UAAGAUCAAAUUUCAGUUUUCAUAUACGGACAUAUAUAUCCAAAUACAGACAAUUAUAUUGAAAAUAAUAACAAUAUAUGGUAUUCAUGAAAAUUCAAAAAAAAAAAACUUGAAACUCAUUGUCAUUCGGAAAUAGCUUAGUAAAUGAAGGAUACCACUAACUAAUGCUGAAUGAACGGAGAUCAGCGCUUUGAGGUUAACCGGUAAAUUAACAGCAACAAGACACAUGGGUUUUGAUCUGUACAUGUAUUACCAUUUAACCAUCUAGAUGGAUUGAUUGUACAGUGAGAUGAUUUAGAACUGCAAGCUGAGGAAGGUCUGUAGUUCAGAAUGCCUCUUCAGAAGUUUCCCUUGCUGCAAGAUAACACUCGCUUGAUAAGGUUUAAAGAUACACUGUACAAGGUAAAAGUGAAGUACAAGUCCACCACUUUUCUUGGAGAGGUAAAUUUCAGUCAGAAAGAGGCCCAUGAUGAAAUAGAACAGACAUUUCGAGCAGUUUUAUAUCUUAGUGAAAGAAACCAAACUCUGAAAACUAUCGCUACACCAAACUUCCUUAUCAAACCCUUUAAAAUUCCUUGGUCUUUUCCAAAGAAAUGCAGUGACUAUGCUUUUCAACAAAAUGGAAAAACAUUAAAAGUUUUUGAUCAUAUGUUUGAAUUGCAAGUAAGUUUUAGAGAUUCAGUUGAAAAAAGUUCCAAAAAGGAAUCUGGUGAAAAGUCAGCUCGAAGUGCAGAUCUGAGGUCAAAUGUUCAGGAUGAACAAAAUCGAACUGAAAAGGCUAAAUUCAAAGAAGCUGUUGUGGUUAUCUCAGAUAUAAAUUCUAAUGGCACUACAAGGUUUGGUCGAACGAAAGAUGGACAGUUGUUUAGAGUUUAUAGUACACAUAAUGCAAAAAGAGAUGAUGAAAGCUCUGAUAAAACUGCAAAAAUGGAAGGUCAGAAUGAGCAAACACUGAGAAGUCUAAAGAAGACUAGGGUUGCUUCAAGGCAGUCUCUAGAAGGUGACAUAGAAGUCAAAGAAAAUGACUUGGGACAAAAUGAAGCUCAUAUAGGAAAUUCGAAAGGGGGAGAAUUACAUGGGCUGAUAGCUGAUAGACAGGGUCAGGCAAGAAAACAUAUUGUAAAGAAACAUAGUGAGAAGGUUGAAAUAGACAAUUCUAAAGCUCACAAGUCAAGGCCAGCAAGAGAUAAGCACUGUUUGAGGGUAAGUGAACUUGACGCAUUAAAAAAAGAAAAUAUACAACAACAGAGAUUAAGGAACAGAAAAUCAUCCAGUGAGAGAAGAUUGUCCUACAGUCUUAGAGACCAUACAAGUGAGAUUAAUUACAUAGAACAGGUAGCUGAAUCAGAGACUAGUCAAACUGAGGAUGAAGCAAAUGGUAGAGGUAAUGUUCAGAGUAACACUGUAGCUGGUCCAAAACCAAGACACCAUUUGAGUGUCAGUGAUCUUGACGCAUUAAAAAAAGAAAAUAUACAACAGAAUUUAAGGAACAGAAAAUCAUCUAGUGAGGAAAGAUUGUCCUACAGUUUUAGAGACCAUACAAGUGAGAUCGAUUACAUAGAACAAGUAGCUGAAUCGGAGACUAGUCAAACUGAGGAUGAAGCAAAUGGUAGAGGUAAUAUUCAGAGUAACACUGUAGCUGGUCCAAAACCAAGGCAUGAGAGGAGAAAAAGUUUGAGAAAAAAAAGGAAUGACAGGAAACAAACAACUUUCAAGAGCAUAGGACAGCAACACAGUAAAGUAGCUGAGAGGGAAAGACAGAAGAAUGAUAGAAAUCUAAGAAGCAGAAAAAGACAUAGAAGAUCUAGAGUGUCAGUAGACUCCAGUUCACAGUCAGAAACUGAAACAGAAGAUACUGUGGAUGACACUAAUAACAAAAGAAAGAACAGAAAUGACUUUGAUGUUGUAAAUGAUAAGAGUAAUCAGAAAGUUAGAAUCAGAAGUUCAGAAAGAUUAAAGAGAAAUUCUCAAAAACAACAUGGAAGAGACAAAUUAGUUGAAAGUGACAUCAAUGAAAAUGCUACAACAGAUAUUCACAGAUACAUGUAUUCUCUUAGACUUGCAGCUAAAAGUAGAGAUUCAUCUGUUUCUGAGAAUGACUUUGAAUCAGAUGGAAAAGAAACUCAUCAUAACUCUAAUCAACUUCCUGAAUAUAAAACUAAAAACACAUCUAUGACAAUAGAUGAUUAUAAUGUUGACAGAAGUCCUAAUCAAGAGAGAACAGCAAACAAAAAGAGAAAAUCAAAAACUUUAGAUGCAGAAAAAAGUGGUGAUAGGAGCGGAAACUUGCAUAGAUCUAGUCAACAGUCUGAAUCAAGACAAAACAGGUCGUCAUUGACAAGCAGUGACAGUGAGUUGAGACAAAGUCCAAGGAAAAUAAGCAGACCAAACAAGAAAAGGAAAGUAGAAACUACGGAUAUGGAAAGAGAUGAAGACAAAAAUUCAGCUAGCCAGGACAGUGACAGAUUUCAUACUGCUAGUCAGGACGGUGGUAGAUCUCGUACAGCUAGCCAGGACAGUGGCAGAUCUCGUACAGCUAGCCAGGACAGUGGUAGAUCUCAUACAGCUAGCCAGGACAGUGGAAGAUCUAGAACAGUGAAAUUGUAUGCCAGCAGACACAGUCCACAAGUGGUUGGAGAUCUUGCAUCGAAACGUACAACAGAAGUGAGCAGUCCUCUAGUGUCAACAGUGUUACCAGUAAAGAGAAACCACACAGCCUCAGAGUCUCAGCAUGGACAAAGAUCUCUACCUACUGUAACUUCCCCAAGACUGACUAGACAGUCUUUGCAGGAUGAUGAAUCUAGGAGAAUAGAAAGCUUGAGGGAGGAGCGCCCCACACACAUAUAUAGAGAUAUUAUGUUAGCACAGGGAAGGGAUAGACAUUUAGUAGAACAGGCUGAAAAUGCUGAGACAGACAAACUACGUCAGCUGUAUGAACCGACAGUUCCUCACCGAUCACCGAGAUUAACCGGAGUUCAAGGAGCAAAGAAACGAAAGAGUUCAGGCCUGUGGGGAAAAAUCAUGGAGACGUUAGUCACACCAUCAAAGAAAUACAUGUUUGGAAAUAGAAAAUAGUCUUCAACUUGUACACAAAACUUUGGUUUUAAUCAGUAGCAAAAGAAACAAGAAAGAAUGAUAUAAAUAUAUUAGAAUAGUAAAUCAAUGCAACAAUGAAAUAUGUGUUUGGAAAUGAAGAGUAGAUUGUAAUUUGUAAAUUAUGAGUAACAAUGAAAUUCUCAUCUAUUGUAAAUGAAAUGAAAUUUUUUGUUAAUUGUUUAUGUGCAACUUGCAUUCAGAGACCGUUCAAGGAAUAGACAGAAAGUUAUCUCUUAACACAGACAGUCUCUUAAAGAUAUCCAGUGGCCAUUUUUCACUAAAAUGUUUUAUCUUUAAAUGUAUAAAGUCCUGAUGUAUUUAACUUUACUAAAUAUAUAAAUUAAGUUUGCAUAUAGAUUUACAUUCAUAAUUAAAUGUCAUGCAGUAACUGUUGUUCAUCAAAAAAAAGCCAAUUUUUUUUAGUGGUAGUACAAAUUUUUACUAUGUUUAUCUAUACAUGUAUACAGUGUGUACUGUUUUAAACCUAAUGCAUAGUACUGUUACUACUCAAAAACUUGUUAAUUUUAUGUUAACAUACACUAUAUGAAGUUAUUGUUCAUGUUUUUAAAUGUGAAAUUUGGAUGUAAUAUAUCUUUGAAACAACAUAAUAUGUACUUUAGGAAUACAGAAGGAACUGAAAAAGUGGUCUUCUUACACAAAUGGUCUCUUAAUAAAACAUUAUUUGUUCUGUAACAAUGCAGAAAGAACUGGAAAAGUGAUCUCUUAAUGCAAGUGGUCUCUUAAUAAAUACUGAUUUCCCAAGCAGGGGUCUCGCUAGGCCCAAUUUUUUGGGAGAAGUCACUUCUCCCUCAAGCUGAUUUAGGGACAAGUGGGGAGACUCCAUAAAUUUUUUAUAUUUCUGUCUCUAGUGAUUCGAUGACCAUUCAUUUUCUUAGUUACAUCAUUUCCCAUACAGUGAUUAUUGUUUCAUUACAAAAUCCUGAAAAAAAGUUGUUUUCUGGUCAAGACGGCGCUGUAUCUAACCCGCCAAUUUUUUUGUGCCAUAUCGUGUAAUAUGUGAAUGCAGGAUGAAAAGGGGUUUAUUAUUGAUACCGAGUCACCACUUGUGUGAACAGUCUCUCAUUCGAAUAAAACUGAAAGUAAACCGUGUCAAACCUAGAAAUACAUAUUCAAAUCAAUUUAUCCAUCAGGCAGUUUUAUGACUUUAUACUUUACAUGUCGUUCUUUUACCAUGGAUUAUAGGGUACGAAAUAAUUGUGUCUAAUUCCAAUUAAUCGCAUGGUUAAUCAACAGUUUCUUUAGAAAACAACUGGCACAUGUUGACAGUUAUACAUUAAGUGUCAAAGACGUAACUGCAGCGCUAAUUGGCCGAUUACAAUCGCCUCUGGUGAAACGGAUAAUUUGAUUCGCUUUCAAACUUCUCGCAAAAAUCUCACAAGUAUCUGAAGUAGGCGGAGCUUAAAUUAUGCUAUCGGUGUGUGUGUAUGUGUAUUCAACACACAUUAUGACAUGGUGCAAAUUGUCAACAGAUUAGCGAGUGCGGAUCGAAAAAAAAAUCGGGCGACUUGAAUUUCGUUUUGAGUUUAGAUUUGAGCGAAGUUUGAAGCUACAAAGCAACUAUUUCGCUCAAGUCACUCACUCGCGAGACCCCUGCCAAGCAAUUUCGACUGUAAUAAUAAUAAAUGUUAAUUCCUUUGUCAUGUACAAGUUUGUCAAGUGUUCAUUAACACCAGUGGUUGGGAAUUUUUUUUUAAUAGUGCCCCUUGAUUCCUGAUCUCAAUUUACGCUUUUCUUUUGUGAUGGGCUCAGCCUCGUUAAGAAGUUUACAACAUGCCCAUUCAUACUUCUGGUUGCUGUAACUUUAGAACAGACCAGAGUAUUUGCUUUAUCUUCAGUUACAAUUGCCAAAGUAGAGCUGAUACCAUAGAUUGGACAAAGGUGUUUGCACAAUUUUUUUAGAAGAGCAAAUCCUAAUUAUGGCCAUUUAUUGAGUACAACUGAUGCAUGAAAGUUUUUUUCCACCAGCUGCUGUUUGACAACAGUUGCUCAUUCUAUGAAAAGUCCAAGAAGCCAUUGUUUUGAAGCCAUUGCUUAAAUUUAGCAUCCCACAUGGCCUUCCCAACCACUGUGACACAUGGUGCUAAACUGGUUGAAAAGGUGCAAGAACUAAGGCUUAUGUAUUUUUAAGGAAAACAGUUCUGUUAAAUUUUAGCAAUUAGCACUAAAAGCUUGUUAUUUUGUUGGCUUAGAUGUGUGUUGUUUUGGUUUAAAUGGCUAUUUGGUGGGGACGUUAAUUAAUGAAUUUCAAACUUUAUAGGGCAUAUGUGGAGGUAAUUGGGAAUUCUAUCGGUUUGUUUUGACUUCUUUUCUGUAUUGAUGAAACUAAGAAGUACUGAUAAUUCACGCAUGUGUUUUGGGAACGGGACUUUUGAGAUAAACAUGUUUGAAUUACCAAGUUCCAACUAUUAUGUCAUUUUAGAGGACAAUCAAAUUGGUUAUGAUUGAAGUCUUAAAAUUAUUUAAAAAAUAUACUUCUCAUAGCUCUUGAUCAGAUUAUUCUGCAUUAUUUUUAUGCCCCGGCAUCUACUGAUGCGGGAGGCAUAUAGUGAUUGACAUGUCCGUCCGUCCGUAUGAGGUUAACCAAAUGGGACCGUUUCGUCUAGCAUCAAUACCCCUUACUAGAAUGACUAGAAACUAAUGCAGAUGUAACCUGUGACCAUUCCUCAUCUUCAGACAUCACCUGACCUCAGUUUGACCUUGACCUUGAACUUGAUCUCGUUUUGGACUUAGGUUGCUUUGUAUCGACAAGGAUGCCACCGGGGGCAUCAAGCGUUUAUUGAACGCAGCUUCUUGUUAUUUUGAUGAUUUGAGAUUUUUAGUUUUUGCAGAGCUUUCCCAGAAAAAAUGAUUUCUGUUUGUCCAACUGAUGUCAUAAAAAUGUGUGUUAUAAUGGGAAAAAAGGGCCAUCAAAUAAUUAUAUUUGAAUUUCUGCUUAUAAAGGCAGUUUUAAGAAUUGAAUUACUUUUUCAGGGAAAAAAAUACACUUAACAAAAUAUCAAAUUGGUCCCAAAACACCAUUGGAAUGAUUUCAGUACUUACUUGGUUCAAACAUUUUGGGCAUUGUGAUGUUACAGUGUAUUUAUGAUUUUUUAGUUAAACUAUUUGAAGAAUUAGGUACCCAUUUGUCAGAAUCUGUUUCUGCAUCUAUCAUCCUAUUUAGCAUCACAUAUAUAAUGGGAAAGUUUUGUAAUUCAGAAUUAUUGACCUGUUUGUACUGGCUUACGUACUGUCAUUUUCAUUGUUAUGACUUUUAUAGACAGGGCUUUUUAAUUUUUGAAAUAGCAAGUUCAUAGCUAACAGCAGGCUUUCAUAGAUCACUAGAAGAUAGAAUUCACUUUACAUGCUGUUUUUAUUGGCAACAGUUUAAAUCUUUAUUGAUAGUUAUACCAAUGGUAGAAAAUACAUUUUGCAAAGUGGUUCAGCUAACACUUAAAAGAAAUAGUUUGUUUCCGGUAACAUGCUAAAAAAUAAUUAGGGUAGUUACUAAUAGGUCGGUAAUUUUUUUUUUUUUUUUUUUUUUUUUUUUUAUUAAGUGGAACUUUUCGGAAAUUAUUGUCAAAAAAUGAAUACAAAUAAGGGGUUAUACCUUCAGAGCAUGAGUAAGUUGAUUUCUAACAUCACUGACCAUGUAUAAAGCAUAAAAAGUGCAGUUUUGCUACUUUUUGUUUAAAGGCCAUAAAAACAGUUCGGGUCGGCCAAAAAUUUAGGGUAGGUCGGGAUACCGGAAACAAACAUUUUUAUUUAGGCCUAAGGACUGCAGAGUUAUACAUUUUGUUGUGUGAAAUAGAAGUUCUUAAUCUCUCUAAAGCAGUUUUCCAGUUUUAAAUAUGGCUUACAGACUAAGUGCAACAUACUCAUAAAUAUUUAAUGAAUUACAUGUUAGUAGCUCUGAAUGAAAUCUGCUCCAUGUUUGUUAUUAUUAAUAUAUUAUUAAUAUUAUUUUGCAUGUUUGUUGAAUCUAGUAAUUUUUAAAGUGAUUUUCUCUUUAUUUGUUUAAGAUUCUUUUAACUGUCUGAAAUGUUUCAAAUCUGUAUAGAAAAAAAAACAGUUGUACUUUUUUAAUUCAUUCAAACUUUUGUUAUUUUAUUCUAGGUUGGUUGAAAUAAACAUUUAACUAU